CCCUCGGAGCCAGAGCAGCGCUCGGAGCUCAGGGCUCGCUUUCCCUCGCCGCUGUCGCCGCCGCUGCCCGCCGGCCCGCCCUUGGCGCGUCCCCGCCCCGCUCUGCUCCGAUCCCUGCAGCCGUCCCGGAGCGCGCUUACCUGUCGCUGCGAGCACAGUAUCCCCGUUGCGGCACCGCGGCGAUGGCCACCAAGAUCGACAAAGAGGCUUGCCGGACGGCGUACAACCUGGUGCGCGACGACGGCUCGGCCGUCAUCUGGGUGACUUUUAAAUAUGACGGCUCCACCAUCGUCCCCGGCGAGCAGGGAGCGGAAUAUCAGGACUUCAUCCAACAGUGCACAGAUGACGUCCGAUUGUUUGCCUUCGUGCGCUUCACCACCGGGGACGCGAUGAGCAAGAGGUCCAAGUUCGCCCUCAUCACAUGGAUCGGCGAGAAUGUCAGUGGGCUGCAGCGUGCCAAGACCGGCACAGACAAGACCCUGGUGAAGGAGGUGGUGCAGAAUUUCGCCAAAGAGUUUGUGAUCAGUGAUCGGAAAGAGCUGGAGGACGACUUCAUCAAGAGCGAGCUCAAGAAGGCGGGGGGAGCCAAUUACGACGCCCAGACGGAGUAACCCCCGCGCACCCCGCCCCUUGCCAAAGUCAUCUGCCUGCUCCCCGGGGGAGGGGACCACGGCCUCAGCUACCAGCCCACCAGCCCACCAGGGAGAGGAGACGCCAAGAGAGGCAGCGCCCACCACCCCGUCCGAAACCCAGCUCCCCUCCCCGCUUCCCUUGUGCACCUGCCAUGUCCUAGCCCACGAAGCUCAUGGAACAUCUUUCUUUUCUCUUUUUUUCUUUCUUCGCCCCCCUCUUUCUUGUUCUAAAGAAAAAUCAUUUUGAUGCCGAGGUCACGCACAUCAUCAGAUCGGAGGUGCCUCCCAUGGUGACCCUUUCCUGGUAUUUCACUGACGCACAAGCAGCCUGCCCGGCCUCACCCACCAACCUCGUGUUGCCUGUGGCGCCUGGGCCGCGGCUGCUAUCCUGGUUUUCCUCGGCGCCUGACUGCUUCCCGCUGAGGAGGCAGCUGUGCCCUCGACAGCGCCCUCCACAAGCACACAUGUGUCCCGCUGGCCAGGCUCACACCCCCGAGAGUCGCUCCAGAGUCCCCACCCCCCCAUCCCAAGUUGCCUAAGCUCCAGGCUCAUCAGAGAUGGUGCUCCGUGGUGAGACGUGCAGGGCUGACUCAGACCGAAAGAGAAGAGAGAAAUUUUGCCUUAAAAGUUGCCUGGCUUUGCCACCGGUCUGAAGUGGCCCGUUCCCACCCUCUUGAUCAAAAAUCUCACGAUGGCGUGGAGUGGGGACAAAGGUCUAAGUCCAGAUUCAACAGGAGGAGUCUUUCAGGGUUCACUUCCCGGGCUCCCCAGGUGAUGAGGACAUUAGGGAGACAGGCCCGGGGUGCGGGAUGGGAAUUGAGGUCCAGUCGGUCCUCUGCCCGACGGCAAGGACAGCAGGGGACAAAGCGUGUACAGCAGGAGCCCCGCCCUCUCGGGACCAGAAAGUCUGUGGUUUUAAUCCUUGGUGGCACCACACCGGCAAAAGGGUUUUCUUUUUUUCAGAGAAAGAUGAGAUCGGCUUGGUUCUUCGUGAGCACAUUUGGUAGCAUUCUUUUUCUCUUUUCCUUGCUCAUUUCGUUGGGGGAAGUCUGUGCUGUGUUGGGGUCUUGAAUAGCAUCCGCACUCAAAACGGUUUACAGAAAUAAAUGGGUUUUUUGUUUUUCAAAAAA